AUGAUUCUAUGUUUUCAAGGGUCUGUUCACAUCAGCGACACGCUUGGCUGCGCCUCAUUUGCCCUUUUGACGUCAUCUGUAAUCUAUUACAGCAGCAUGGAAUCCAUACCUGGGGCGGUCAGAAGUUGGUAUUCAAAAAUCAAGAACGGCUACAGAUAUCAAACUGGACAAGGGAAUGGCCAUCCUGUCGGACAUUUCCAGACGGUAGUAUGGAAAGGGGUGACAAAGUUAAGCUGCGGGCUGAAUAUCAAGCCAGGCGAUGGCACUUUCGUAACAGCACAUUAUGCCCCAGCCUUUCAUGCAACCAGGCACUAUUCUGAACAUGCACGGGAAAAUGUCAUGCCACGAAGACAACCAGAAUCCUCAUGCGAAAUCGAGUCAGACGAACGUGUUAAGUGCUCGGACAGUCUUGUCGCUCCAUUUGCGACACCUAAAAUGUGCCUUGACGCCGGUUGUUGCUAUGACGACAUGUUCAUGAAUGAGCCAAAUGUGAAUUUUUAUAAUCGAAAUGGAAAGACUUGGUGCUUUCAAAGAAAACAGGCCUAAGAAAAUGAACUAGCUGCCGAUAGAAACUAGAAUAAAAAU